GAGCACAUCGCUGGCGCUCCCCGCGGCCGGCGGCACCGGGCCACGGCCUCGACUCGGUGCCGGCCGGUCGGCCCGGGACGCCGUCACGGCUCCGGGGUGCAACACCGAUCGGCAUAGGCAAACAAUUUUGAAGCUCCCCGAACAGCGCGCGGCCUCCAAAUAGCGUCGUGUCACCGGCCAUGGCCUGGCGCCUCGACUCCUGCGGUGGCAUAUAUAAGCGGUGCAGCCCGCGGGGUCGUCAGUUCGCCCUCGGCGGAACCACAGCAACAUCAUGCACAUCUAUCGGACCUGCAGCGCGCUGCUGCUGGUCGGCCUGUGCCUCGCCGACGGCGGAGGCGGCCGGGGAGGUGGAGGAGGGGGCGGCUACGGCGCACCCAGGGGCGGCGGAGGACGACCCCAGGGACUCGGUGGAGAGGUCAGCGGAUUCGGUCUGUCCAACGGAGGAGGAGGUGGCGGUGGAUACAGCGGCGGCGGUGGUGGUGGAGGCGGACCGAGCCAGGGCUACGGAGCUCCUCAGGGAGGCGGCGGUGGUGGAGGCAGCUUCAACGGCGGAGGCGGUGUCUCCUCUGGAUAUGGCGCCCCUCAGGGAGGCAUCGGAGGAAGUUUCAACGGUGGGGGCAGCUUCAACGGUGGUGGUGGAGGCGGUGUCUCCUCUGGAUAUGGUGCUCCUCAGGGAGGCAGUGUCUCGUCUGGAUAUGGCGCCCCUCAGGGCGGCAACGGGGGAAGAAGCUUCAGCGGUGGUGGUGGAGGCAGUGUCUCCUCUGGAUAUGGCGCCCCUCAGGGAGGAAGUGUCUCGUCUGGAUAUGGCGCCCCUCAGGGAGGCAACGGAGGCAGCUUCAACGGUGGUGGUGGAGGCAGUGUCUCCUCUGGAUAUGGCGCCCCUCAGAGAGGAAGUGUCUCGUCUGGAUAUGGCGCCCCUCAGGGAGGCAACGGAGGCAGCUUCAACGGUGGUGGUGGAGGCAGUGUCUCGUCUGGAUAUGGCGCCCCUCAGGGCGGCAACGGGGGAGGAAGCUUCAGCGGUGGUGGUGGAAGCAGUGUCUCCUCUGGAUAUGGCGCCCCUCAGGGAGGAAGUGUCUCGUCUGGAUAUGGCGCCCCUCAGGGAGGCAACGGAGGCAGCUUUAACGGCGGAGGUAGCUUCAACGGUGGUGGUGGAGGCGGUGUCUCCUCUGGAUAUGGCGCUCCUCAGGGAGGCAGUGUCUCGUCUGGAUAUGGCGCCCCUCAGGGAGGAAACGGCGGCAGCUUCAACGGUGGUGGUGGGGGCAGUGUCUCCUCUGGAUAUGGCGCCCCUCAGGGAGGCAACGGCGGCAACGGCGGUGGAUACGGAGGCGGUCAAGGCGGCGGUGGCGGAGACUCCAAUGGUGGCUACUCUAAGCCCCGAUCUUACAGCAUCAUCGAAGCUCCCGCUCGUCAGCCGUUCCGGGGUGGCUCGUCGCAGUUCUCCAGCGGCAAAGGAAUCAGCGGAGGCACCAUCUCGACCCGCUCCUUCUCGGCUCCGCGCAUAGUCAAGGGCUCCUCUAAGCCAUCGGGUGGAGGCGGCGGCUACGGAGGAUCAUCUGGAGGUGGAUCCGGUGGAUCCUCGGGUGGCUACAGCGCCCCGUCUUCCCAGUCCUCUGGAGGCUACAGUGCCCCAUCAGCUCAGUCUUCUCAGCCUUCUGGAGGCUACAGCGCCCCGUCCCAGUCUUCUGGAGGUGGAAGCUACAGUGCCCCGUCUUCUCAGCCCUCUGGAGGCUACAAUGCCCCGUCUUCUCAGCCCUCUGGUGGCUACAGUGCCCCGUCUUCUCAGUCUUCUGGAGGUGGUGGCUACAGCGCCCCGUCCCAGUCUUCUGGAGGUGGGGGCUUUGGCGGCCCGUCUCAGCUCUCUGGAGGCUACAGCGCUCCGUCUUCUCAGCCCUCGGGUGGCUACAACGCCCCGUCUCAGUCUUCUGGAGGUGGUGGCUACAACGCCCCGGCCCAGUCUUCUGGAGGUGGGGGCUUUGGCGGCCCGUCUCAGCCCUCGGGUGGCUACAGCGCCCCGUCUUCUCAGUCUUCUGGAGGCUACAGUGCCCCAUCUCAGCCCUCGGGAGGCUACAGUGGCCCCUCAUCUUCAGGCAGCUUCAGCUCCUCCCAGUCCUCGGCUGGAGGAUACAGCUCUGGAUCUUCCGGUUCCUCCGGUGGAUUCAGCAGCGGUUCUGCUUCAAGCGCUGGUUAUGGCAAAUAAUUACUCCUCCUAUGCAGGGAGCACGAUUAACUGCUUGGGCCCAUUGAUCAUUCUUUCCACUUCUUUGACCAUUAGUAGCACGUUGUGUCAUUCAUGACUUGUGUGAAUGUUUUCAAUAUUUAUCAUAUAUUUAUGAAUGCUGUAUGAAUAUGUGAAGGUGAUUUGAAAUAAAUCAAGUUACAAAGGCAUAA